UUCUUCUCUUUCUCCCCCACCCCCUCCAACACCGGCAAUCUGUUUUCCUCCGCCUUUCGCCGAUCUUUCUCUUACCUUCGCUCCUCUGUUGGAUUGACUGCUGCUGCUGCGUCCACGCUGCAACACCCGUCCCCUCCGUCUGCCUCGGUUCUAUCAAGUCCGCUCUCGACGCCGCUGCGCGUCAAUUCCACUUCCAGAAUGGUGCACACCAAGGUUGUUAUCAUCGGCUCCGGCCCCGCCGCUCACACCGCCGCCAUCUAUCUCUCGCGAGCGGAACUCCAGCCCGUCCUGUAUGAGGGUAUGCUGGCCAACGGCACCGCCGCCGGUGGUCAGCUCACCACCACCACCGACGUCGAGAACUUCCCCGGUUUCCCCGACGGUGUCGGUGGCCAGGAGCUGAUGGAGAACAUGCGCAAGCAAUCGAUUCGAUUCGGCACCGAGGUGAUCACCGAGACCAUCUCCAAGAUCGACCUGUCCCAGAGGCCCUUCAAGAUGUGGACCGAAUGGAACGACGGCCCGGAGAACGAGCCCGCUCGCACCGCGGACGCCGUCAUCAUCGCCACCGGCGCCAACGCCCGCCGUCUGAACCUGCCCGGCGAGGAGACCUACUGGCAGAACGGUAUCAGUGCCUGCGCCGUCUGUGACGGUGCCGUGCCCAUCUUCCGUAACAAGCCUCUGUACGUCAUCGGUGGUGGUGACUCCGCCGCCGAGGAGGCCAUGUUCCUGGCCAAGUACGGCAGCAGCGUCACCGUCCUGGUCCGUAAAGAUAAAUUGCGUGCCAGCAAGGCCAUGGCCAACCGUCUGCUUGCCCACCCCAAGGUCACCGUCCGCUUCAACUCCGUCGCCACCGAGGUCCUGGGUGAGAACAAGCCCAUGGGUCUGAUGACCCACCUGCGCGUCAAGGACACCGUCUCCGGCCAGGAGGAGGUUGUGGACGCCAACGGUCUCUUCUACGCCGUCGGCCACGACCCCGCCAACGCUUUGGUCAAGGGCCAGGUCGACCUCGACGAGGAUGGAUACAUCAUCACCAAGGCGGGUACCAGCUACACCAGCCUCGACGGUGUGUUCGCCUGCGGUGACGUCCAGGACAAGCGUUACCGCCAGGCCAUCACCAGUGCCGGCUCCGGCUGUAUCGCUGCUCUCGAGGCCGAGAAGUUCAUCGCCGAGGGCGAGUCUCACGAAGAGGCCCCCGUCGCUUCCACCGAGAAGGCAGCCGUCAAGCCUGCCACCCAGGAAGUCGACGGCGAAGUCAAGACCGACUCGCAGGGCACUUCGGCAGAGUACAAGUCCAACCCUCUCCUCUAA